AACUGUGCUUGUGGUCACUGUUUUGCAUCUCCGCGCAAAAAUAUUUAGCCAUUUAGGCUUACUAGAAAAGCGGAAAAUUGCAAAGGAGAACCAGCUUUCUGCUUGAUAUCUUCCAAAUGCCAAUCAGGUUUAAGGUACAGUCAGAAUAUAACCGUAACUUUAAACCAGUUAAGUCCCAUAACUCUGCUGCUUUUGAUCCUUCAAUGGAGCAGAAAGCAGGAUCGACUGGCAUUAAGCUGGGCAGCCCAAGCCAUCCAACCUUUGGAGAUUGUGAACCAGCUCUCCAGAGGAAAAAAAGAGUGGCUGCUCCAGUAACCUCCCUUAGUUCGGAAUUCUUUGAUGGGUCCAGUCCCACGCCUGCAGAUGAGUACAUACUGCUGGGGAAUAAUGAGAAGUUCUCUGAAAACAUAAAGUACAGAAACAGGAACUCCAAUAACCUGAAAAACGUGGGGGCCUUCAACUUCAGAGAUGCCUCUCCUCCAAAGAUACAAAAGAUGAAGAUGAACACAGAACCUGUCGCUCCAUCAUCAGAUGUGAAGAUGAAGGAAGGAUCUAAAAGAAAAUCUGAGACUGUGACAAAGACCCCAAUUGAAGUCUCCAGAAAUCAUAUGGGAGCUAACAUUGAUGAAUUUGUACAGAACGAAGAAUUGAAUCCGUCAAAUAUGACCUUUUCUUCAGUGUCGUCUGUAAAAAAGACCAAAGAUCAAGCUCCUGUGGUGGACACAAGUAAAUUUAAGACACCAUUGAAAAGACCCACUAAUCCCAGUAAGCGAAAAGUACAGAUUGGUGAGAAGGCACCUACAGAUACACAGGAUAAGCCAGGACAAGACUACAAAAUCCCGCCUCGUCCUGCUGGGCCCCCUAGACUGUCUGAGUACCAGAGGGAGUUUGAGUGGAAGAAACUGACAAGACCAUCCCCUCUGCUGAAUGCUGAUAAGACACGAACCAACAAUAGAACAGUCCCUGUGAUAGACACUCCAGCUGUCAGGCCAGCUCCAGAGAAACCUGCACAAGCACCUGCUGAGCCCAUCAAGCCCAGAGAGGGCCAAGAGAAACCUGACAAACAGCCAGAACAGACAAAGGUGCAAAAAGCCAGACCUGUGUCAGAGCCUAAUUAUGGCCUGAAGUACAAAGCAGGUGUGGCCCCACCUCGCCCUAAGGUUCCUCUAAGGCUAACAGAGUACCAGAGAGAGUUUGAGUGGAAGAAACCAUACAAGCAGUCUCCUCUGCUGAAUGCUGACAAGGAAAAGGAAACUAGAGAACCAACCACAGACACUGAAAAGACAUCAGUCAGAAAACAAGCAGAAGUUGAAUCCAAGAAACCUGGAAAUAAUACAUUCAAGACCAACAUGGCAUCGAACAGCAAACCUAAAUCCAGCAAGAUCAAAUCUAGUAAAACUGAAAAGGGCAAGAUGGCAGAUUCUAUGAAGCCUACGCCAGAAAAGCCACAACCAAUUCCUGAGCCUGUCUCGGAAGGAAAAAACAAAGUAUUUGUCCCAAAAAGCUCACAAAAACCAAAACUCCCUCCGAAGAUGUCUGAGUAUCAAUUAGCUUUCCAGUGGAACAAUCCGUUUAAGCUACUGAUCCCUGCGAACACUAAUCAGAACAAAGCUAGUGUAGGCCCAGACUCUGUGGAUAUUUGGCUGCAUGAUGUGAUGGAGCUGAGACAGAGGGCACAGGAGUACCGCAACCGCUCCCAGGGUACCCACUUCUCCCGAGAACACCUGGUACAGCUAAUGGCAGAGCAAAACGACCUGUGGGACGUCUCGCCCGUCUCCUCACUGGCAAGUGACAGUCAAAGAUCUCCACUCUCAGAUGAUGCUGGUGACAUUCCUGAGCAAUUUGCUAAGGAGGGAUGGGCGAAGAUCGUUAGCCCAUCAGAGGAGGAUAAUGCUGCCCAGAGACCUGUGAAGUCAAUGCAGAGAGAACCAUCCAAAGAGAUAUCCAAAAAGCUGUUGAGCACCUUCCAACAGAAUGGAGACAAAGCCAGCAACAGACCUGAGCCUGACUUGGAGAGCGAGCGUCUGACACCCAGCUCAACCACCAGGAGCAGUGUCGUCUCUAUGGGUAACCACAAACCCAAGUCUGACAAACCCAAACAGCCAGUGAAACAGUUCAAGAAAGGAAACAAGCCUGUAAAAACUGCCUGGGGGGAAGAGAAUAAGAGUAACAACAAUAAGGUACAGCAGGUCGAGGAUAAGUUUGAUGAGGAAGAAGGACGUAUUCCAACACCGACACUGAGACAACGCAGCCAGAGUGAAGUAGUGCGCCGACACCACCUAGACCGCACUACUCCCUCAGUUGGCGGUGUAAUUCUCACCUCUGCAUCUACUCAGAACCUGGCUUGCAAAUCGCCUGAAAAUAUCGCCUCUGAAUCUUCUCAAGACAUUGCUUCUGAAUCUGCUCCAACUAUUGCAUCUGCCUCUGAAAUAGAUGGCCCGUCUCGUGACUUCACAGUAGGUGAGAAUCGCAGUGUACCUAAGCGUCAGCAAACACUUUCUGCCAAAAAGAUUUUUGACAUCACUAAGUUGGCAGAAAGCCCAACGUUUGGCAAACCCUCCUAUGACAGCCAUGUUCUGAGAGAUGAUUUUGCCACGGAAGACCGUCCUCUGAUCACAAGAUAUGUGGUCACUCCUCUCAGGAAAUCAGAUUCUCACCUUGCCUCUGACAUUCCCGCCAGUCAUGGAGAAAAGCCCAGUCCUUCCUUUGUUCCACCUACACUGUGGGAAGGUGUUGGAAUGACAUAUAGCAAACCUGACCAAUCAAACAUCAAACAUCUGCAGAAGCCUAUCUCCUGGUCAAUAGAAGGAGGUAAAUUUGUGCCAAGAUGUUCCCACAGCGCUGAUGACGAUGAUGAUAUACUGUCCACCUCUGCGCGUUCUGUGGCCUCCAGCAGCUCCCUGGCAUCCCAAGUCCUGCAGCGUGCUCGCAAGAGGCAGCAGAAUGUGUGGGGUUGAUUGCAAGACCAUGUACCUGUGUGGGUCCAGGCGCAGGUGCAUCCUUCCCACACAUGACUAUGCAAACACUUAUACAAUUAGCCUUCAUGGCCAUUACUUCUAACGUAACGCAUGAUGUAGUGUGGAACUGACAGUUUAGGGGCUGUUUACGUGAAACUUUGUUACACUUGGUCAUUCUCUGAAGUUAUUUUUUUAUGUAAUGUUUCAAUAAAGUAAGAGAACUUAAUACCACUUUUUGGGACUGUUUUUUCCCACCUCACCCCCACCCCCACCCUCUCAUGCAGUGUCUGCAUGGAUUGGCAACAGUAUUUCUUGUAUUUGUUGGCUAAUGACAAGUUGGGUUUUGACUUAAUGAAGAAUUAUGUUUAUACUGUGAUAUCUGAAAAUGGUUUGUUUUGUAAACUUUUGUUAUUGAUUGUACUAGUGUAUAAAUUAUGUAAUAAUACACCUUAUCUAUGUUACCAUUGUUACAUGUAAUGUAUUGGAGCUUUGUGAGGGAAUGUUCUCUUGUUUUAUGUGGUAAUCAAAUGUCGUUGGAUGAAUAUGUUGUCUACCAUGAGUUUAAGCCUGCACUCGGUUAAAUGACCGAGUUGCAAAAAUGAACGAUGUAUGAUUGGUCCAGUAGUCCAAGUUUCUUUGUUUUGUUAUUUCGUUGGACAAGCUGACCAGUAUUGAACUCAUGGGCCUGAUGUGUAAGGUUGUUAUUGUGUUUGACAGCCAGAACUAGGUAGGGGAGGUAACCACAUUCCAAGCUAAGGUGGUUCGCCUGUAAACAAAAUCAUGUAUUAUUAUUGUAUUUUUGAAAUGACUAUUUUUGUAGACUGCAUAAGACAAGGGAUAUUACAUAUUUGUACUCCGUCCAACUAUCUCUGUGCAUCAAUAAUAUACUACAAUAGAAUUAAACAUACUAGAGAAAUAUAAAGUACUUGCAGCAUGUUUUGUAUUUAUGAAAUAAAGUUAUA